CCUCCCUCCCUUUUCCCACUUCACUUCACCUUGUUCAACAACAACGUACUCCCAUCACGAUCGCCGACUACGACCCUCACUUUCCCGCUCGCUCGACCGAUCGCCCGAACCACUACACUCGUUUACAGAACCCCAUACAAACAUACACACGAUGCUGCAUUCGAUAGCAUCACUCCUGCUGGUCUCGGCCGGUUUGGCUGCAGGCCAGGCCGCUGCUCCUCCUACAUCCUUUGCGAACCUCGUCGGCACCUGGAACUCGAAAGCGAACUCUACGAUGACUGGACCUAAAUUCUACGACCCGGUCAACGAGAAAUUCACAGAACCUGAUCACACUGGCAUCUCGUAUUCCUUCUCCGCAGAUGGCCAUUACGAGGAGGCCUACUACCGCGCGAUCGCAAAUCCCAGGGACCCGAAAUGUCCCAAAGGAAUCAUUCAGUGGCAGCAUGGCAGCUUCACCAAAGAAGCGAACGGCUCUUUGAUCCUGAAGCCAAUUGCUGUGGACGGCCGCCAGCUUUACUCCGACCCAUGCUCGUAUGAUCAUGCAAUUUACACAAGAUAUAAUACUUCUGAGUUGUUUGAGCGCUACGAAGUUCUGACCGAUCCCUAUCGCCAAAUUCCACGCCUCAACCUCUUUAAAUUCGACGGCUCUCCAAUGAUGCCCCUCUACCUCGCCAUGUCACCCCCAGAGAUGCUCCCCACCACGACCCUCAAUCCCCUGACAACGUCGACCGCCGGCUCCAAGCCAACCGCCAAAGCCAAGCGCUCCCUGAACAACAACGUCACUGACAAGCGCACAGUGGGACAACGGCGCGCCGAUUACUGGUGGUGGUUCGGCGUCGCCAUGACCGCAACCGGUGGAACUUUGUACUUCUUUUUCUAGUAAAGCCUCGUCUCAUGGAUACCCACGUACUAUGCACGGCCGGCCACAACCAACGUGUUUUGUUUCCUGUACGAGUUUUGUGUGCAAGGGGGGAAUUACGGCGUAACGGCGAUUUUAUCACGCUUGUUUUCAACAACUUUGAAAACAUUCAACAGACUUAACAGCAUUCCGGUUGCUUUUUUUUAUGCAAGGCCAUUUCCUUACUAUCCUCUUCUGUUAGACUCAAUAUGAUGGAAGGCCAACCCUUUCUCGCCUUUUUUCGUUUGAACGAACUACCUUUUUUU